GUUCCCUUCUCAUUGGUGCGGUAUAUUAUUAUCUGCAACCUUCUCUGAGCAGAUUGUAACACGUUUCGUUUGCUUGGGAAGACUGCUCAAAGAUUAUUUAUCGAUGGCGGAAGAAGUUGUGCUAGAUUUGGAAGAACUCAGACAACUCCAGAACAUCGCCAAGAGACCUCGUGUUCUCAAUCUCAUCAGUUCCGAGAUUUGCAAUUUGGAGAAGCUGAGAGAGUCGGCAAGCGUUUCAAAUGCAAAGCCAGAGGUCGAACCGGCGGUUCCCGUACCUGUUUCUUCUUCGGUUAAACCGGUUUCUCCUGCAGCGAAUUAUGCAACUCUCGGAACGUUCAGCUGGGAUCAAGACAACGAAAAAGUCAAGGUUUACAUAUCUUUGGAAGGUGUUGAUGAAGACAAGGUUGAAGCUGAGUUCAAGCCAAUGUCUUUGGAUGUCAAAAUCCAUGAUCUUCAAGGGAAGAACUACCGAUGUGCAAUCCCGAAGUUGCACAAAGAGAUCGUCCCCGAGAAGUGCAAAGUGCUUGUAAAGCCUAAGAGGAUAGUUGUCACUAUGUUCAAGUCUUCGAGAGGAAACUGGAUGGACAUACACUACAAAGAAGACAAGAUUAAGCCAAGUCUCGAGAAAGAGAAAGACCCAAUGGCUGGAAUCAUGGACAUGAUGAAGAACAUGUACGAGGGAGGAGAUGAAGAGAUGAAGAAGACAAUAGCCAAAGCUUGGACAGAUGCUAGGUCAGGCAAAGCUGGAGAUUCUUUAAAAGGUCUGUAAUGAAGCUAUUGUUAGACCAGUAGUGGGAUUCACUUGUUCUUGUCUUUUGCCGUCAUGCACGCGUGAAUCUAGGUUCCAGUGAUCUCUCAUGUGUCAAAACCGAAAGUUUGGUCGCAUGUUUGGUUUUACUGUUUUGGAUGUGAACUGUUUUCUGGAGGAUUUGAGGUGUUUAAUAUUAUUUUCCAACUGGAUCUAUUUGGUUAUGUACUCGUGAAAAUGAUUCAAACUUCUUGAUUUCUU